AUGAGGCCGACCAUAGAUCCAUGGGAGGUGCGUCUUCUGGCCAAAGAUUCCCAAGAAACUUUUCCAACGCCGUCCAAAAUUGGUGGCCGUCCAUAUGAAUCUGCGCAGGCGGUUUCUAUGAAGAGACGUAGCCGACUUGACAUAAAAGGCGCCAGAUUUCCAGCCCAGAAAAAAUCAGGACUUCCCUCCUCACACUCCCGUGUGUCAUGGUUUCCAUCUCUUGUCUGCAGGCUUGAGGGUCUCCUGGCCACGGGUCCGCAGUACAAGCUCUGCGUCAACAAACAUGCUUCGCAGGACGGGCUCUGCGAUAUCAACUGUUCCCCGCAGGACGGGCUCUGCGAUACCAACUGUUCCCCGCAGGACGGGCUCUGCGAUACCAACUGUUCCCCGCAGGACGGGCUCUGCGACAUCAACUGUUCCUCGCAGGAGACCGCUGCGUUACCAAGUUCUCUGCAGGAGACCGCUGCAUCACCAAGUUCUCCGCAGGGGGAAGCUGCGACACCAAGGAACUCUAGCCAAGUGCGGGCACCUCUACGUGGUGCUAGGGACCAGUAUUCAACUCUCGCUCUGCAGUUGAAGAAGCCAAGACCUGCAUCUCCAUCCAUAGUUCACUUGGGUAGGCUUUGCUACGGGCGAAGAGACUGGCAGUAG